UCUCAAAAAGAAUUUAAGGUUUCGAACUAAAUAAAUUGCGUCGUCUAUUACCGAGAGGUCUUCGCACAGCACACACUCGGAGAGGAAACGCUCUUGUAUUUGGCGGAGUGGGAGAAAACUCCGGAGUUAAGCACAAUGGCCAGGCCACCGCGGGGGAGCGACCUCGUGUCAGUGUUGCGUGGGUUGUCCCGUGUCGGCUCGGCAGUGGUCGAUGUGAGGUCACAAGAGAUCACCAAGGCAUGGGCUACCUCCUCCUUACGACCUCUGAUCAUGCAGGGAUCGGCCAACCUCCAGGAAGCUAUCUCUAAGGCGGUUCAGCAGCCACAAGUUGUUCAGACUGAAGCAUCAAAGGGUGUGUCAGAGGCCCUUGCCCGCAUCUCAAUGGUGGGAGAAGGCAUCAGAGCUUACAGGAGUGGUACAGUUUCAGCUACAGCAGACUUAUCAAGUCAAGUGGAAACUGCAAUUGACCCGAUGUAUGAUCCAGAAGUGCAGGAGCUGAACAUUGAGGAGAUCAUGAUGCAGGAAGCUUGGAUGGGCCACGAGGAGCACAAAAUUCUAGAACACGCAACUGUAGACAAGCAGAUGAAAGAGGCCAUUGUGGGUGCAAGGAACAUCAAAGAUUCAGUAAUGGAAAAUGCAAAAGAGGCCAGAAGUAGCAUUCAGAGUAGGAUGGAAGAAUUUGAGCCCCUACUCGAUGUGUCUAAAGUAGAGGAGAAGGAGAUUACAGACGAGCAACUCCACGCUCUGCAGGAAAAGCUAGAUGAGCUGCAAGGGGCUUCCUUCGGACAAAAUAUGAAAAUGUUGAGUGACAUACAGGGGGAUUCCAGACCCAUGGAACAAGUAUUACAGGACAUUAUAAAUGAACAAACAGGUGUUCAAGACUCGGUGCUACAAGAAGUUGCAACUGAACAAACAGUUGUCAAGGAAGAACUAAUACAGGAAGUUAUACCAGAACAAACAGCUGUCAAGGAAGAAAUAAAGCUGGAAGUUAUACCUGAUCAGACAGCUGUCAAGGAAGAAAUAAAGCUGGAAGUUAUACCUGAUCAGACAGCUGUCAAGGAAGAAAUAAAGCCGGAAGUUAUACCUGAUCAGACAGCUGUCAAGGAAGAAAUAAAUCUGGAAGUUAUACCUGAUCAGACAGCUGUAGAGGAAAAAAUAAAGCCGGAAGUUAUACCUGAUCAGACAGCUGUCAAGGAAGAAAUAAAGCUGGAAGUUAUACCUGAUCAGACAGCUGUCAAGGAAGUUGUACCUGAACAGGCAGCUGUCAAGAAUCUCAAAGAAGAAGUAAAGCAGGAAGUUAUACCUGAACACGCAGUUGUUAAGGAAGAAGUAGUACAGGAAGUUGUUAUUGAGCAUACAGGCCUCAAAGAAGAAGUAUUGGCAAAACCAACAACUUCAGAAGGUAUGGAUGAAGCACUCAGCCCAUCAGAGGAAACAGCAUCAGUAAAGAAAGAAGUAGAGAAGGAACUGGACAGCACUUUAGCCCAGGUAGCCAAGACCAUUAGUCUUGAAGAAGCUAAUACCUCUACUGUUCAUGAUUUUGAUGUUGAGCUUCAGGCAAAGCCAGCCAUUAGCAAAGAUGAAGCAGAAAAGGUUGUUAUUAAAGCAUCUCCAGAAUCCAGUGGCACAAAUGUUGACACAUCUUCAACAGUGGAAGAUUUCAUAGUACCCAGUGCUGUUGGGUCUGGACCUGCAGCUGCAGCUAGUAUUUCAGGAGCAGCUGUUGCUUCAGCUAGUAUGGCUGCUGCAUCAACAGCAGCAGCAGCUGCAACAGUAGCUGCAUCUGCAGUUGCCACUCAGUCUGUGGCUUUAGAAGAAAAACCCAAGCCAGCAGCACCAAAGCCAAAGCUUCUGGGAAGAAAACCUUUAGCUAAAGACAAACCCAAGUCAACACUGGCAUCCAAUGCUCAGGCACGCAAGGUUCCUCACUCCCGCAUUGGACGACUAAUGAGCUUUGGUGGCCUUGCUGCAGGCCUGGGGGCAGGAACUUUGGCAGAAUUGACCCGCAGGUCCUUGGGCAUGAACGAGGGGAAAGGCAGUGGAUCCCUUCUCGAUGCUUCACCAUUUUUAACUGAAGCCAAUGCAAAGAGAAUUGUCGAUACUCUCUGUAGAGUUAGAGGAGCUGCCCUGAAACUUGGUCAGAUGCUUAGUAUCCAAGACAAUGCCCUCAUCAACCCCCAGCUCCAGAAGAUAUUUGAGCGAGUGCGACAGUCUGCAGACUUCAUGCCUACCUGGCAGUUAGAGAAUGCCCUUGUGGACCAGUUUGGGCCAGACUGGCGAUCAUUAGUAACAGCAUUUGAUGAACGUCCUUUUGCCGCAGCAUCCAUUGGCCAGGUACAUCUGGCAACUCUUCCAGAUGGUCGGUCUGUUGCCAUGAAAAUUCAGUACCCAGGAGUAGCAGAAGGCAUAGACAGUGAUAUCAACAACCUCAUAGGAACACUUAAGAUUGCAAACAUUCUCCCAGAAGGUCUGUAUGUUGAUUCUGUCAUUGAAGUGGCCAAAAAGGAAUUGAACUGGGAGUGCGACUACAUACGAGAAGCUGAGUGUACUGCAAGAUUUAGGGAGCUUGUUAAACCAUAUCCAGAGUAUUAUGUCCCUGAAGUCAUUAGUCAGCUGUGUACAAAACAAGUAUUUAGUUCAGAGUUAAUUGAUGGUGUACCAGUAGAUAAAUGUAUUGAAAUGGACCAGGAAACUAGAAAUUAUAUUUGCGAAAAGAUUCUACGUCUCUGCCUCUUGGAAUUAUUCAAAUUUGGCUUCAUGCAAACAGAUCCCAAUUGGUCAAACUUCUUCUAUAAUGCAGACACUGAACAGCUUGCUCUAUUGGACUUUGGGGCAUGUAGAUCCUAUGAGAAAUCAUUUGUUGACAAGUACAUCCAGAUUAUCCAUGGUGCAGCAACAUGUAACAGAGAAAAAAUAUAUGAGUAUUCCAAACAGCUUGGAUUCUUGACAGGCCAUGAAGCAAAGGUCAUGAUAGAUGCACACAUAGAUGCUGUGAUGAUCUUAGGCGAAGCUUUCCAGGAGGACAAGUUAUUCCACUUUGGAGCUCAGGACACCACCUACAGAAUCCAACACCUUGUCCCAGUCAUGCUUUCCCACCGCAUGUGCGCUCCCCCCGAGGAAUCCUACUCCUUACACCGCAAGAUGUCAGGGGUAUUUUUGUUGUGUGCCAGAUUGAAUGGCCAGGUAAAUUGUAAGCCACUGUUUGAGGAGGCAUUUGAUGGGUACAAGUAUGGAGGAACUUGGCAGGAUUUUCACGCAGGGAGAUUGUAAUUACCUAACUGUUAGUUGACUUAAUUUUUUUUUUUUAGAGCCUCAAACUUUACCAUACUAUGGGAUUAUUUAAAAUGAAAAGAGCAAAACAGAACCUCUUUAUACAUUGACUCUUGAGGAUAUGUAAAGUAUCUAUAAAUUUUAAUUCAUUUUUUUAAAUUAUAAUUCACCUGAAUGUCACACCUUAAAAUUCAGUGUAUUUGUUAUAGUAAUGAGGUUUGCUGAUAACAAAGAAAGUGAAAGAAAUGUAUGAAUGUUACAUAUUGUACCAUUUAUUUCAUAUAGCCCCAUGGUAUGUAGAUAUAUUUAUUUUGCUAAUACCUGUGAUUUUCUUUUUUUAAAUACAAUAUUAAGAAACUGGAAGUAUAUUUUGUCAGGUAAUAAUUUUAAAUAUUUCACUAGUCUAUUUUACUAAUGACUAACCAAGGCCAAUUACUAUUACCAAGAUACCAACAAAACAAUUUGUAGGUUUCCUGUAGGUGCUGGCUCUGGAAUGAAUUGUGUAUUUUUUUUUUUUUUUUUUUUUUGUAUUAUAUGUUGGCAAUCAUGCUGACCUGAGGUCAGAGCCUCCAGUGGCAGUUGAUAACAGCCCUGACUAUUCCUUGCACAAAGGAUGAUUAAAAGCACCACAUUACACAAUCUGUAUGUAACAGAAGUCAUAAGAACUAUGUUCCCCAAACCCAAAAUAUUGAUAAUCAUUAUCAUCAUCAUCAUCAUCAUUAUUUUAGCUUUGAGAAAGCCUUUGUACAGUUAAACUGUACAAGUUAUGCUGUUCAAUGCUGUCAUUGGAGUGUGGUUGUGAACAAUUGUUUAUUUAAUGUUUCAUGACGUGUAAAAGUAUCCUCAUGUCCAUGUACGGUACCUUGAUUGAGAGGGUUUUUGUAUGAUUUUCAUAUGUUAAUUUUGAAAAAUGUUUAAUAAGACAAAAUAUUGUAAAGGAAUUUUAUGUAAAUUACAUAUGUACAUAGAGAAUUUUUGUAAUAAACAGACUAUCUGAA